AUGGCAUCCAAGCCGUUCGAGCCAAACGUGUUUUUAAAAUUGAAGAAGUGUAUCGCGGGGCUACGUAAAAGCAUAGCAUUCCUGAAGGAGUGUUUACAUCUUGGGCUAACUCCUGUUAGUCAUAAAGUGGUGGUAAAUGAAAAAGUGCCAUCGAAACUAGUGAAGAAACUCGAAAGUGGUUUCAUAAAAGACAGUGUUGAGAAGUUGUAUGCACAACUUAACAUCAAAACGUUGAAGUGCUACGCAUUGCAUUUGAAGCUGGCCAGGGACUACCCGAUCGAGUUCCCUGCGUUUCUGACGAAGGUCAAGGUGGCGGAAAAGUGCGAGGAAAGGCGUAAGGAAAGGGUGCUACGGAAUAAGUUGGAGCUACUAAAGGCGAGGCAGCCGCCCCGGAACUACGAGAAAUCCAGCGUGGCGGUACUGGAUGGUUUUGUGGUGAAUCGAUCGAAGGAAGAGUUCACCGACAAACAGAUCGAUCUACUUAACAAAGGUCUAAACUACGCGGUGUCGAGGAAACCAAGGAUGGACCAGAUAAUCAUCGAUGUAGAGACGGCUAUUAGGUCCAGUAAGCUGUCCACGGCCCAGAAGGAUUGUGCCAGAACCGAAGUGGCAGAUGUCUUGAGAAAGGGCAUCAAUGGGAAAUCCAACGUCGAGGAAAUCCAGAUAGCGAAAGAACUUAGGAGAAAGGAGGUGUUCUACGUCAAGGCGGACAAGGGAAAUUCGGUGGUCAUCAUGGACAAAACGGAUUACAACGGAUUGAUGCAGGCCAAAAUCGAUGAAGGACCGUAUCGAGUUCGAAGAGAGGACCCACUACCGGAGAUGGUUAAGGAGGUGGAAAAAACGCUGAAGGACUGUGGACCGAUCUUAGGGUUUGCGCCGGGCACCCUGAAAGUGUCUGCCCCAAUCGUCCCUAGAAUCAAAGGUUUACCGAAGAUUCACAAACCAGGGAAUGAGAUGAGGGAGAUAAUUUCGGGAGUGAACGCGCCCACUGAAAAAGUGGCGAAGUGGUUACUGAACGAGUUUAAAAGGAUGCCAAAACCUUUCAAAACGAGAUCGGUGACCAACACCUUAGAGUUCGUGAACAGACUGCAGGCGUCGGGAGGCAUAGAAGAGGACGAGGUCAUGGUUUCUUUUGAUGUUUCAGCUUUGUUUCCAAGUGUUCCCGUUAAAGAAGCUUCUAAUCUGUUAGAAGAUUGGUUGCUUCAACAACACAAUGGGAGCACUUGGAAACUCAAAGUUAGAAACUACAAGAAAUUGGUGGACUUGUUUGAACCACCAGAAGGAAUGCCAGCGGGAUGUGCCGCCAACGGGGUCCCAACACCGCCGAGGACCACGGAUAGUGCCAAGGAUUCGAGCUCUACAGGGAGACACGUGGUGCGGGAACCUGGUAGAAUGCCAGCGGAUGCCGGCUCGGACCAACAGAUUUAA